AUGUUGAUUUCUAUUUGCCAUCUGGGCAGAGACCAGUCAGGACUGGGAAACAACUUGAUCCCAUUUCACAAACUGGUUUCAGGAAUGAGUCAAACUUCACUCACUGUGGCCUCUGGGGCAGCUUUGGCCUCCGAGGCUGCUGUGGCGUCUGGGACAGCUGUGGCCUUCAGGGCGGCUGUGGCCUCUGGGGCAGCUGUGGCCUCCGAGGCUGCUGUGGCAUCUGGGACAGCUGUGGCCUCCAGGGCGGCUGUGGCCUCUGGGGCGGCUGUGGCGGCUGUAACGUCCAGGGGGCCUUGGGCGUCCGGGGUGGCCGUGGCCUCCGGAGCGGCCGUGACCUCAGAGCUUAGAUCCUGCUGUUAA